AUGUUGCUCACGUUGCUAGAGAAAUUGCCACUUGGACAAAGGGGUAAAGUCUUUGUCGGUACAUCCAUCUGUUUAGCAAUCUGUGCUUAUCCUGUUCUUCGUAAACAACAAAAGGCUGGUCACGAUCUGUUCUCGUCCGAGAGACCACAAGAAAUUAUGGAUCAAGAGAUUAAGGCACGUCGUGAGAAACUUGAUAUCAAGUAG